AUGCCGCCUGUAAUUUACAAAGCCCCACUGCCCGUGCGUCUAAAAGCGCCCAAAGGAAGAAUAGUGCCGCUCAAUGGCCCAGACAUAAAAAUUGGGAAGUCACUUAUUGCUGCAUGCCCCAGAAGAAUAAGAGCAGAAAAGUUGGCCGAAAUGAAACAAAUUAUACGUAGAUAUUUAGGAAAAAAAAAAGAAUAUUUUCUCGAUGUGCAUGCUACUUAUAGUGUAACAAAGAAACCAGAUGGGACCAAAAUGGGACAAGGAAAAGGAAUCAUCGACUAUUUUGUUGCUAGAGUUCCAACAGGAAAAACAAUUUUCCACAUUCCUUCCAUCAGUCCAUUUAAUAGCUUAGGAUUUGAAGACCCCGUCUAUAGAGUUCUAAAAAAAGCAGCAGCUAAAGUAGCCAUUCCUUGUGUAUUUAGGACACAAAAUAAUAUAUUUCGAGUCAACAAUGUAAAAUAUAUUUCCCAAAAGAAACUCGCUGCUGACCAAAUGAUACAGUUUAAUCAGUACAGAUCAAAGUUGUUUCAGAAGGGCGAAUAA